AUGUUCCGACGUCGUUCUUCUGCGACUAGCCGCCGGUCUCGCACUCAGUCAUUGACGCCGAUGGAUAUGCUACCCAAUGAACUUCUCGCCCACAUCUUCUCGACCAUAAUGGAUGAAUCGACAGAAAAUCCUUUGUUCGUCAUCACCCUCAGCCAUGUCUCCUCUCGGUGGAGAAACGUAGCCCUCGGAACGGGCUGCCUGUGGGCACGGAUCAAUAUCACCUUCCCACUUUCCGACAUCGACCUCGAGCGUACGAAGACCUACCUUACCCGUUCCGGAACCUACCCCCUCGACAUUCUCGUCGACGUACGCGACCCAGAUUGGGAUUGGAACGAAGACGCACAUCGUGCUACUUGGCAAGUGAUGGUCCCGUUCGUCCGCCUGCUAGUCGCGCAUAUUCACCAGUGGCGCAAGUUCGAAAUGCUCUCGGACACAUGGGUUCCAAUAUUCACUCUUCUCUUCUACACCAAAACAGUCACGGCAGCGCCACUCCUUGAAACACUGUCUCUGUCAAGAUGCAACGCGUAUAUGGCUGCUCGUGGGCAGAUAUUCCAUCCUUCGGUCCUACGCGACGCUCUCCCUCUACUGGGCGGCCACGCCAGUUCUACGAGGAAGCUCAGAAGGGUCACACUAGUCGGCGUUCAUACCAUUUGGACAGACACCGUUCUACGGAACCUCACCCACCUAGAAUUCAAGUACCACUCAAGCGAUGUAAUGCCCACCGCCGAGGCGUUCGGGGCGAUCUUGGGGGGGUGUCCACAUCUCACAGAACUAUCCAUAGUAGGGUGGGGUCCAAUCCUGCAUCGAGAAGUGCAAUACGCAGAGGGUGUAUUUCAAAUGCCGUCCUUGCGGACGUUCACGUUGGGCUUUGUGGACGCAGAGUACGCCAUGAAGUUGCUGUUGAUGUUUCACACCCCGGCCCUGCGUAAGUUCGUCCUCGAAGACGUAAACAAAGUCAUCAGUCCGACAGGGGUCGAAAAUGCGGACGCAUUCCUCGAGUGGCUAGUCGCCCGCUGUGGACCCACCCCAACGACACUGACCAUUCCCGUUCCGCUUCGGCGCCUCCGAAGCGUCGAAUUACAUAGCGUCCACGCACAUCAAGCAACUUUCUCUCGACUCUUCGCCCAACUCCCAUCGCUGGAGCAGCUGACUUGCAUUGACAUCCCCAACUCUGCCCUCCUCGCCCUUACCCCCGUCUGCACACCCACUCACCUCCUACAUGCCCGCGGCUGCGCGAACUCUUCUGCCAAAGGACGGACGCGGAGGCCUUGGCGCAGUUGGUUCAAGCAAGGAGGAACAAUCCAUCCGUGGAGCCGCUGCUGCGUGUUGCGAUGGAAUUUACGAGGGAUCGAUCCCCUUCGCCGACCGUUGCUGCUCGCCUCGCGAGUGCAGAAGUAG